AGAUGUUUACCAAUAGGACACGGCCGCAGUAGGCAGUAACAUACGUGUUACCUUGGACUCCCUUCGGUUCCCCCUAUUCAUGUGUGGAAUCUCAUUGUUGGUGGGGACAUCAUUCAAGCUGGUGUUUUAAGGCCAGGGGAGGGCUCCUGAUUCAUUGGAGCUGUGUUUCGAGGCUUGGAGAAAGAGAGCGGCACUACGUCUUGUGGUGACAGCGAGCUUUGGUUAAAAGUCCCCGGGAGAUUUUACAGAGUUGCGGGGCGAGGGCCAAAAGGCAGUGCAGCGGCAGAGAGGAGAGAAAGCAGAGGGACCGUCCUUGGAAGAUGGCACCUGUCAGUUUGGUUUUUGCCUGGUUACUGUUCACCAUGAGGAUGGUCACCUCGGCAGUGUAUCUGGAGUCUGAGGAGGAGGAGCUUAAUGACACUGUCAUUUGUACCAAUGACCACAUGGAGGUUGUUAUUCCCAGUGAAUUUUUCCUCAACAAAGUGCCUCCAGUUUAUGUUUGGGAUUUGCAUUUAAAUGAUCCCGAGUGCCGCGGCGUUGAGGUUGGAGAGGACUACGUUUUCAGCAUCAAGACAAAUCUCUCUGACUGUGGAACAAUAAUGGCUUCAGAUGAUACACACAUAAUGUUCAUGAACACUAUACACAACAAUGAUUCAGACGUUAUUACAAGGAACUAUAUCAACAUAACAUUUGUAUGCCGCUACCCCAUAAACUACCUGGUUCAACAACCCAACGGUCAAAACAUGAUAAGAGUUGAUGUCAGAACCAUCACUUUGAACACUGAGGAUGGGAACUUUUCUGUGUCCAUGAUACUCUACAAGGACAAAGCGUUUGAGGACAGAUGGACCACCGUCCCAUCACUGACGUUGGAUGACGACAUCUAUGUAAAAGUCUUCAUGGUACCGGCUAACCUGAGGCUGCGUAUGGAGAGAUGCUGGGCUACUCCAACCAGUGAUCCCUACAGCAAUAUUCAGUACACCUUCAUCCGAGACAGCUGCCCGGUGUUGUCGAAUGAACAGACCCUGAGUGUGCUGAAGAAUGGUCAGGGUCCGGAGGCCACGUUCAGGAUACAAAUGUUCAAGUUUGUCGGCAGCUCUUACACCAACGUCUUCCUUCAUUGCAAUGUCCAGAUCUGCCACAACACCGCGGGGCUGUGUCAACCUAACUGUUCCAGUGAAGUUGAAUUAAUCAGGACACGCAGAGACAUCCCACUGUCCCAUACAGUGUCUUAUGGACCAAUCAGGCGACUACUUGACAGUGAAAAUCCCAGUCCGAAUGGAGGCGGAUUCCCUCACGUUGAGACUUUUGUCCUCGGAGGGCUGCUGGUCCUGUUGCUGCUGGUCACUGGAGUGUUUGGGAGGCUGUGGCUUCGCUCCAGACGUUUCUAUCCGGCGCGGGAGGCGCAGCUCACUUUGUCCAACAUUCACCACAUCUCGGAGGUGGCCUCGUGAACCCGGGGAUCACGAACGUUUUAGAUCAAAGAAAUAAACACAAAACAAUAAACACAUGUACAGGUGUGAUUUGUGAUUAUAAUAAUGAACUUUCCUUUCUCGUCAUAGAAUUACUUUCCUGGGUAGUAAGAAACCCACUUAAUAAAAGGUCUCCCUCAA